GAUAACACCACCGCGACUAUCCAUUCCUGUCCUGCCGAGCUGUUCUUUGGGCCUCCGACAACGGGUCACAGAGGGCUUGCAGCUCCAAUUUGGUCGUUCCUCAUCCACCACCCAACUCUCAAAAAGACAUUCCUAUUUGAUCUAGGAAUACGAAAAGAUUGGCGUAAUCUUGCCCCUGAUUUGCUCCAUUUACGGGAUUAUUCUGUCCCAUCAUCAUUUGACCAUAUCAGUGACCCAUCCACCUUUCUGACAACUGUUCCACUCAUUGUUGGCCCUGGAUUCACAACGAAAUUGCUACCGGGCUACCCGGCCGAUCCAGCCAGUGUCAUCCGCGAUAGUGACUAUGCUGGGCGCCGGAUCACGGAACCGGAGUUUGGUAAAGAAAGCUGCAAGCUUGGAAACUUCCUCGCCUUCGACUUCCUUGGUGACAGAUCAUUGUUUCUCUUGGAUGCCCCCGGCCAUACGGUGGGAUAUAUCUGCGCGUUUGCGCGAGUCACUCCAACCUCGUUUGUUUUGUUGGCUGGAGAUACGAUCCAUCACCCUGGAGAACUAAGACCAUCCCCUUACCUCCCUUUACCCGACGUAAUAUCACCCUCCCAUUUUGUGCAUCAGGUUCAACUUCGGAUGAAACAUUGUGCACGGAAUCGCCUCGGCUCAGCCGUCUUCUUCCAAACGGAAAAAGGGCGAGCUUCUACACGUCGUGCGCCAGCCAUGGUUCACGCUGGCAUCACAACGUUGACAUGUUGCGAGCAACAGUCAAAAAGCUGCAAGAGUUGGAUUGCAACGAUCGAGCCCUUGUCCGUGCCAGCCACGAUGAGAGUCUUGGUGACAUUGUCGACUUCUUUCCGACAGAAACGCCUGGCCAAUUUGUUGAACAAGGCUGGAAAAGAGAAGCCACUUGGAGGUUUCUUAGAGAUUUCAGUAAAGCGGUCGAGGUGGAGUGUGAGGGGCCUAAAUAAAUAUCCAAAUGAUGCUUGGGCGUAA